AGGCGGCCCGAUGGAGCCCGAACCUGAGCCCGCCGCCGUAGAGGUUCCUGCCGGGCGCGUGCUCAGCGCCCGGGAGCUCCUCGCCGCCCGCUCGCGGUCCCAGAAGCUUCCCCAGCGCUCGCGUGGCCCCAAGGACUUCCUCCCCGACGGCUCGGCGGACCAGGCCGAGCGGCUGCGCGUGUGCCGCGAGGAGCUCUGGCAGCUGCUGGCCGAGGAGCGCGUGGAGCGCCUGGGCAGCUUGGUGACCGCCGAGUGGAGACCGGAAGAGGGGUUCGUGGAGUUGAAGUCUCCUGCGGGUAAAUUCUGGCAGACCAUGGGCUUCUCAGAGCAGGGCCGGCAGCGGCUUCACCCCGAGGAGGCCUUGUAUCUGCUGGAGUGUGGCUCCAUCCAGCUCUUCCACCAAGACCUGCCGCUGUCUAUCCAGGAGGCCUACCAGCUGCUGCUCACUGAGGACACCGUUACUUUCCUGCAGUACCAGGUCUUCAGCCACCUGAAGAGACUGGGCUAUGUAGUUCGACGAUUCCAACCAAGCUCCGUCCUGUCCCCUUACGAGAGGCAGCUGAACUUGGAUGGCAGUGCCCAGCACUUGGCGGAUUGGCAUGGCAAGAGGAAGAGGAGCGCCAGCUCUCGGUCCAUUAAUAAGAAGCCCAAGGCCCUGGAGAACCCCCUGCAGGGGGUGGAUGGGACACCUGAGAGCCUGGCAACCUCCAGCCCACCUCCCUGCAACCAGAACAGCCGAUGCCCAGAGGAGAAAUCCCAGGAGUCAAGCCCCGUAAAGGGCCCAGCAGCCCCCUUUCAGCUUCUGGGGGAGGGGGUGGGGUGCAGACAGGAGAGUGGCAAAGUAGAGAAUGGAGUCCAGGGGACUUAUAAGCCACGCUGGAACUUUGAGCAGAUCUCCUUCCCCAACGUGGCUUCAGAUAGCCGCCACACCCUCCUGCUUGCCCCAGCCCCAGAGCUGCUCCCAGCUAACGUCACUGGGCGGGAGACAGACGCCAAGUCCUGGUGCCAGAAGCUGAACCAGCGGAAGGAAAAGCUCUCCAGGCGGGAACGGGAGCGACAGGCAGAGGCCCAGUACUUCUGGGAGGAUGUAAACUCGGAUCCCGAGGUGCAGUGCUGCUCCAGCUGGCAGGAGUACAAGCAGCUGCUGCAGAGGCGGCACCUGCAGAAGACCCAGAGCCGCUCCCCACACCUGUGGGACCAGCCUGUCACCCCCUUGCUGAGUCCUGGCCAGGCAGACUCCCCAGCCACAGUCCUUCAGCAUAUCUCUGUGCUGCAGAUGACACACCUUGCUGAUGGAGGUGCCUGGCUGCUGGAGAAGUCUGGGGACUUGGAGAUCAGCUUUGAUGUUUACCAGGCUGACGCUGUGGCCUCGUUCCGAAAGAAUAACCCUGGCAAGCCCCAUGCCCGGAUGUGCAUUAGUGGGUUUGAUGAGCCAGUCCCAGACCUCUGCACCCUCAAGCGGUUGUCCUACCAGAGUGGGGAUGUUCCUCUGAUCUUUGCCCUGGUGGAUCACGGAGACAUCUCCUUCUACAGCUUCAGGGACUUCACACUACCCAGGGAUCUGGAGCACUGACCACCCAGCCCUGGCAGGGCCUGGGGCUUGCUCUGGGGGACCUGGACUGUCUACUCUCAGGGACCAUCUCAGCUGCCUCCUUCACCGAGACUCUGACCUGUACCUGCAGGGGCUAGUCUGGGCCGUGGCCCUGGGUGUCAGAUGCUUGCAGGAGAGUGAAGCUGUGCCCCACACCUGGCUGCUGCCGUGCUUCCAAGCCCCAGGCCUGAGAUUGCUGCCUUGCAGUGAUCCUUCUGGAACCCAGGACUAGAUUUUGGAGACCCAGAGAGGUGGGGCAGAAGAGAGGACUCUGUGCCUUUAAAUGAGAGGGUGCCUGCUUCAUACAAUAAAGCCAAAGCCAUUAAAAAAUA